AUGAAAUUAUCAACAGUUUUGGUUCAAGGUUUACUAUUAUCAGGUAUUAUUGCCUCACCAGUGGUUACUACUGCUCAAGAUUCUCUUCCAGAUGUUGUUGAAGAUUCAAAUGCUGAUAAUUCCACUGAUUCAUUCACAGAAGAAGGUUAUAGUCCGGGAUCAAACUACCUUUGCUUUGAUGCCAAUAAAGGUAAAUUAUGUACUGGUAAGAGUGUUGCAUCUUGUGAAAAACAUUAUGAGAGUCGUGGUAAAGAUAUCGCCAAUUCACUUUGUUCUUUCUAUUGCAGCAAAGUCAAAAAUGUUAAUGAUUGUAAAACAAACAAGAAAAAGUUCAAUUAUCAUCCACCUUGGGGUUGUGAUAGUGCUGCAUACUGCUAA